GGAAUGAUCAUCCCGGAAAGGGAAAUGUCACCGACAUGAGGUGGAGUUUUUGAACAUUUGGCUGAAAACAACGGUCUUGUAUAUUUCUCCUGCUCAAAAGAAAAGAAGAAGAUUUCCAUUUUUUGAAUACGAAGGUUUUAAAGUCUUGAAACAGUGCUUCUGAGAGGCAUGAAUGACUUUGCAGUUCUCAACACGGGCCGGAAGAUGCCCCUUAUUGGGCUGGGGACAUGGAAGAGUGAGCCAGGACAGGUAAAGCAGGCAGUUCUUUGGGCCUUAGAGGCCGGGUAUCGCCACAUUGACUGUGCAGCCAUAUAUGGCAAUGAAGUUGAGAUUGGAGAAGCACUACAGGAAACACUUGGCCCUGGCAAGGCCCUGAGACGAGAGGAUGUGUUCAUUACAUCCAAACUGUGGAACAAUCGACAUUACCCAGAGGACGUGGAGCCGGCCCUCUUGAAGACUUUAAAGGACCUGAAGCUGGAGUACCUGGAUCUCUACCUCAUCCACUGGCCCUAUGCCUUCCAACGAGGAGACAUUCCUUUCCCCAGAAAGGAGGACGGCACCUUGCUGUAUGACAACAUAGACUACAAGCAGACCUGGACUGCCAUGGAGAAGCUGGUUGAAAAAGGCCUUGUCAGAUCCAUCGGUCUGUCCAACUUUAACAGCCGACAAAUUGAUGAUGUUCUGUCUGUUGCCAGCAUCAAACCCACUGUCCUACAGGUUGAGGGCCACCCUUACCUGGCUCAGGUAGAGCUGCUGGCCCACUGCAAGAACCAGGGUCUGGUGAUGACAGCUUACAGUCCUCUGGGUUCUCCUGAUCGGGCCUGGAAACACCCUGAUGAACCUGUUCUGCUUCAGGAGCCUGUGUUGGCCUCAUUAGCAGAGAAAUAUAAAAAGUCUCCAGCCCAGAUAAUCCUGAGGUGGCAGACACAAAGAGGAGUGGUAACAAUCCCCAAGAGUGUGACCCAGUCCCGUAUCAAAGAAAAUAUUCAGGUGUUUGACUUCACCCUUGAGCCUGAGGAAAUGAAAAGUGUAACAGCACUGCACAAAGGGUGGCGCUACAUCGUACCAAUGAUUGAAGUGGAGGGAAAACGUGUUCCCAGGGAUGCAGGACAUCCUUACUACCCUUUCAACGACCCCUACUGAGCACUCACUCUACACCUUGAAUUUGUGCCUUCAAUUAUCACUGCAGAUACCACAUCAACCUUCCUAAACAUAUAUAAAUGUUCUUAGUACUACGAUUCAUCUUAAGAUUAUGUCAAAUCGAGCACCUAUCAUUAGAAAUUUCAAAUUAUUGUCUGUGAUUAAAACUGGGAAAUCUGUAAUGACUGUACAUGUACUGUAUGUGUUAUUUUUUAAAUAAACAUUUUAUUACUGCA